AUGUCUAAACCUACAAGCCCCAGCCUGCCCCUAGGCACCUUCAGGCUAGGCAAUUUGCCCGAGGAGUUAGUUCUGGCGAUUGCAAAUGCGGCGCUUAUCCGGGACCGCUGUAUGCUUCACCAAACCUGCAAGCAUUUACACUCGCUCCUCGCGGAUAGUGUCACGGAGAAAAGACGACUGACUGCGCAAGUCCUACCCCUUAGGCAAGAAUACGAGGGACAAGACUGGGAAUGGAAUUCUCCAAAUGCAAUUGCCGGAAUCGACAUGCCAAUAUGCGAGAUCUUCGCGCGUGCCAUUAAGCGCGGGGAUAUUGACAUCGUGACGAAAUACAUGCGUUCGGGCGUCGACCCUAACAUUUACAGCCUUACUGGUGGAUUCAUGCUGCAUGUGGCGGUUGCUGCCAACCAACCUAGGAUGGUAACUUUACUCCUGGAAUACGGUGCUGACCCUUCCUAUGUGCACUUCAAGUACCGCAACGCACCCUAUGACGACUUUAUGUGCUGGACCGAUUUGGCGCUGCUUCGUGCCUUUUCCGGCGGCGCCAAGGUUGCUGGCUUCGCUUAUUAUAUACAGCUCGUUGGGCUAGCUGGCAAGUCAUGCAGGGAUACGGUGGCACAUGCUCUGGCCGGGCGCAAUGAUUGUCAGUUCUUCCCGAAGGUGGCUCCUCACCUUACAAAUGAGACUAUAACAAAGAUCUCGAUAAGGGGUGAGACUCCGCUGCAUGCUGCACGGAAGCAGACAGCUCCGGAUAUUGCCAGGGAAUUUAUCGAGGCAGAUGCCGAUCCCAAGUCCCUAGAUAAAUCGAUAGAUGCUACUCUGCUCACUGGUUUUCAAAAUCGUCAUUUUGAACUUGCGCGCUUGAUGCGGAACAGUAACGCCGAACUUGCCCCAGGGAAGUAUAUAGGAGGCCGUGAGAUUCUGGUGGCAAUCUCAGCUUGGGAAGUUGACAUUGUCCGUAUGCUCAUUCGCCGUAGUGUGCGCAAUAUACUGAGACGCUUAUGUGCGCCGUUCGGAUGGAAGCUUGGAGGUCGUGAAGUUGCUCUGUGA